AGGAGCUGAGCCGGCGCCUCCGCCGGCUUUACCCCGUUGUCAACCAGGAGGAGACGCCGCUGCCGUGGUCCUGGAGUCCUAAGGACAAGUGCAACUAUAUUGGUCUCUCACAAGACAAUCUGCGCGUCCACUACAAAGGUCACGGUAAGAAUCACAAAGAUGCUGCCUCAGUCAGGGCUACGCACCCUAUACCUGCAGCCUGUGGCAUUUAUUACUUUGAAGUGAAGAUUGUCAGUAAAGGUAGAGAUGGGUACAUGGGAAUAGGACUUUCUGCUCAAGGGGUCAGCAUGAACAGGCUUCCUGGAUGGGAUAAACAUUCCUAUGGGUACCACGGGGAUGACGGGCACUCCUUCUGCUCUUCGGGGACAGGACAGCCCUAUGGCCCUACGUUCACCACUGGAGAUGUGAUCGGCUGCUGCGUCAACCUCAUCAACAAUACGUGCUUCUACACGAAAAAUGGCCACAGCUUAGGUAUAGCCUUUACAGACCUCCCUUCAAAUCUCUACCCUACGGUGGGUCUCCAGACUCCAGGAGAGAUAGUCGAUGCCAACUUUGGGCAGCAGCCAUUCGUGUUCGACAUUGAGGACUACAUGAGAGAGUGGCGAGCGAAGAUUCAGAGCACCAUUAAGCAGUUUCCUAUAGGAGCCAGACUAGGCGAGUGGCAAGCCAUGCUGCAGAAUAUGGUUUCAUCGUAUUUGGUUCAUCAUGGGUACUGUUCAACAGCAACUGCCUUUGCCAGAGUCACAGACACCACAAUCCAGGAAGAACAGACCUCAAUAAAGAAUAGACAAAGAAUACAGAAGCUAGUGUUAGCAGGCAGAGUGGGAGAGGCUAUAGAAGCCACCCAGCAGCUCUAUCCUGGCCUCCUAGAACAUAACCCCAACCUGCUCUUCAUGUUAAAGUGUCGGCAGUUUGUGGAGAUGGUGAACGGGACAGACAGUGAAGUCCGUUGUUUCAGUGCCCGCAGCCCCAGAUCCCAGGACAGUUACCCCGGGUCCCCCAGCUUAAGUCCUAGACAUGGAUCAAGCAACUCACAUGUUCAUAGUACCGGAGCAGAUAGUCCAACCUGUAGCAAUGGAGUCAUGUCCACGAAAAGCAAACAGAGUCACAGUAAAUACCCAACACUGAGUUCAUCAUCUUCAUCUUCCUCCUCCUCCUCCCCCUCAUCUGUGAACUACUCUGAGUCUAAUUCUACAGAUUCUACCAAAUCUCAGCAGCACGGUAGUACGAGUAACCAAGAAACCAGUGACAGUGAGAUGGAAAUGGAGGCUGAGCAUUACCCUAACGGAGUCCUGGAAAAUUCAUCCACCAGGAUAACAAAUGGAACCUACAAACAUGAAGAGAUCCUGCAGACAGAUGAAUCCAGCAUGGAAGACAGCUGCCCCCAGAGGCAGCUCUGUGGAGGGAACCAUGCUGCCACGGAGCGAAUGAUCCAGUUUGGACGUGAGCUGCAGAUACUGAGUGAGCAGCUUUGCAGGGAAUAUGGAAAGAACACAGUGCACAAAGAGAUGCUUCAGGAUGCAUUUAGCUUGUUAGCUUACUCAGACCCUUGGAACUGCCCCAUUGGUCAACAGCUGGACCCAAUCCAGAGGGAACCCGUGUGUGCUGCUCUUAAUAGUGCUAUAUUGGAAUCUCAGAACCUGCCAAAGCAGCCCCCACUGAUGCUUACCUUGGGCCAGGCCUCGGAGUGUUUGCGGCUUAUGGCUCGCGUGGGCUUGGGCUCCUGCUCCUUUGCCAGAGUAGACGACUAUUUGCACUAGCCACCAGAGCAAGACGGAGUUGACAUCGUUGAGUGCUGCCCUUCACCUUCUGUUGCUGCCACUCUACACCACCACCUCGUUCAACAGCCUGACCUCCCUGCCAUCAACACCCCCUCUAGUGCACACACACACACUGCCUGUGAACAGAUUGAGUCCCUCACUAUGUGGCUAUUCCCGACCCCAGGAACGACUGGCAGAUCUUACCCGUCUCCCUGCCAUUGCUGUGGCUCCAGCAGCACUCAGUAUUUUGCUGGUUAUUCUAAUGUAGCACCUUCCAAUGUAGGGAUUUCUCUUUUGUUUUGAGUUGUUUCUUAUGGAUCUGGAGAGUUUUGCUGAGCUGGUUUCUGCUGAUUUACUGAGGAACCUCAUCAAGUUGCUGACAGCUUGUUCUUUUCUUCCCUUCUCCCUCCAUCAUGCACAUACAGCACCAUUUUCUGUGUUAGUUAUCUGAACUCUUCUCGCAGUAGCAGCUCAGAGGGAAUUUUUUAUUUUAUUUGAAUCCUGUUUAUUAAAAAGGUCUCUUCCACCUCCACAAAGUCAUUGAUGUAUUUAUUGCCCACAGACUCGGUCCCAGCCAUACACAUCAUGCAACCCUUCAGGAGAUCUGGUGAUGUAGGUCCUGUCAUACACUAAUGAUGAGAAGUGAAUGAGCUUGGUCCUUCAUGGUACAUGCCUCUCUUAAGAGCACAAGGCUCUCAAAUCCUUGUCUUUGUGAGUGGGAAGAGUGGAAGACUUGAUAUUGCCUAUGUUAGUGGCUGAACUACAGCAGCAUCUCUCAGUCCUGUGAAAUGGGUAAAUCCAGCUCUCACAGCAGCUAGAGGGACAGGACUGGACUGAUGAAUAUGAAGUCAUCUACUACUGUGUUGGUAGAAGCAGGUCGUUGGCCUCCAGGAAACAUCUGUGGGUGCUGCCAGUUGGGCUGUCAGUUUUGGUGUUAAAUCACAAAUACUCCAUAUAGGGGGGCUCUGUCACUAGGACUCAGUAAUAAUAGUAAUACCCCCUAGGUAACACUGAUCUAAAUAAGCACUUUUAAAUUUUGGAAGUGUCUUGGGAACACUAAGCUGACCUGUGCUCACCCUUGCAGGUAGCACUGGCUGUGGGUUAGGUCAGUACCAGCUUUGUAAGGUCUGAGCCAUUCAGAAGGAAGCAGCAAUGUUUCUUUAAGGAGUGCUAUGAAAGUUAUUUUAGUUUCAGGCCCAAAGCAAGGAUCUGUGCAUGAGUAACCUCCCAAGUAAGAUGGACUAAUGUGUCCCUCUGCAGUAUGUAUCAAGCCCAUGGACUCAAGUGCUACUAAGCUUCUGGCAUUCAAACCAUCUGCCUGUAAGUGUUUCUGAGCAUGUACUUUUAAGUGGUGAGGCUGUGUAGCAGGACUACAUGCUUUGUAUCCACUGAUGUACCCUUGGGAGACUUCAGGUUUGGUCUGGCUGCACAGGAGGAAGUGUAAUUCUGCACCAAAUGAAUUUUAGGUCAGUAGCUCUGAGGAGGGCCCAGGGGAGCUCAGACUCAACAUGUAUUUUACUGCUGUUUGUUUAUGAAUUUGUUUUGGAAAGGUCAAUGAAAGAUGAAGUGAUUGUGUUGAAGUUUGCCCUUAAAAUGGAGGUUAGCUGGUGCCAGGGCUUCACGCAGCCAGAGAGCUUGUGUGCUGCUGAAGAAAGGAAGGUGCUGUGUGACCUCUGUGCAGAGCUUUAAGGAUUUUCUGCAUUUGCAGAAUUGGUUUGCAGCUGGAACAUGAGGUCUGAAACCAAGGCAGAGCAGGGGUCAGGUGUCCCCUGCACUGCAGAAGGCAACUGUGGCAGCAAAUGUGCAGAUGGUGUUGGAGGUGGUUGGGAAUGCCUAUCACUACCUUUUGGUGAAGGUAUAUGAUGCAUAAAGGCAGCGCUUGAGCCGUGGUGGCCUAAGAAAACAGGCAACAUGAAGUUUAGAGAUGGAGGAGAUGUUUUUAUUAGAUCAACUCAGCUGAAAAUAGCAGACGGAGGAGUUCUGUGUACUACAGCUUUUCUUCUAGACAGACAGGAGCAGAGAACUGCACCACACAGAAUUUAACUUGCAAAUCUGGGGCUUCUGUUUCAGUUCUGGGAACAGCUCAUGUGACUGAAAGCUUCUCUACUGAUUCUCAACUCUGCUCAUUGUCCUGAUGAGGGCUGUUACCCAGCCCGCAAUCCUUACCUCUCUGCAGUUGCAGAGAUGCUUAACUCCUUUCUGAAGCUCUUGCGUGCCUGUGCUGAACCUGAGGCAGCACAUGAACUUGUCCUGGUGAGAGAUUCUUCUGCAGGCUCUCCAUUUCAUAGACCCAGGCUUAUGGCACGCUGAGGGGCUGAUUGUGGGUACUUAGGUUGGAAAUACCAUGGUACAUGGCUUUGCCUUUCACAUUUGGCGACUUCCUCUGCUGUUGGUCACCAUUCAGCUUGCUGCUGUCUGGCUACAGUCAGACCUCUCUCUCAUCUUUGUAAAAAAACUAUCUUUAUGUCUUUCUGAGGUUUUUUUGUUCCUUCUUUUUGUGGUUCCUUUAAGCUAACUCUCUGUCAUGUGUCAUAUUAAUGCCUCACUUGGUCUCUCAGCAAAGCUGUGCUGACUAUCCUAGAGCAUUUUGGUUUGUGUUGUUUUUACUGAAAAACCCCAAGAGAUGCUCCUAGAUACUGGGUUAUUCUGGCACCAAAAAGUUCUGGUGUGAUGAGAUAGUCUCUCUGGCUUCUCAUGGAGAGCCUCCCUGUGGUAGAAACCAUCUUGCUCUUGUGUCAGGGUUAGUGCUGAGGGGUCACACUCAGUGGUGACUGUGAGUCUCUCUCUCUCUGCCACUGAUGAUGUGCAGCACAGAGUGGCAGCGGAUCCCUGUAGACGAGAUAGCAGUGAUACUUUCCACUUCUUGCACUCAGAGCAAUAGUGCCAGCUUGAGUUGUUCUUCCCGUUCUGCUUGACCCAGUUACUGACCAACCUCACUGCUGUAACUAGCACCCAUCGCUGCUGCCAGCUUCUUGCCAGCUCUUGUACCUGCUGUCCUGAUUCUGGUUUUUGAGGAGUGCAAAGGCUUUUCUGCUGCGACAUAUCUGUCCUGUACCUGUUACUUGUUUGGGGUUUUUUUUUUUUAUUUCAAGUUUUCUUGUGGUUUCACUAGUGGUUUCUGAUUGUCAUGCUCAGAUUCUGACUAACGCAGCCAUGACUUUGUGUGGGGACGUGUAAGUGUGUUUGUGGUGUGUGGGGUGUAGGUGUAGGCUUCAACCAGCCCUGGAGGAGGGGCCACCACUGGGCUGCAAUGGAGCGGAUCUCCUCAUUGCCUUCAGAGGUGGGAGGGGGGUCUCCUCUUUGGUACAGCAUUGCUUAAAUGGACAUUGCACAAAUUGUGCACAUUGGUUCAGUUUAAGCUUAGUAUUUGUGAAUUAUCUGACGCUUCGCAUGAAAACUUCAAAAAGGGGAAGGGGGGAUUUUAACUGGGAAAAAGCCUAUGAAAAUAUACUGGAAUUAUGGUAAAGAAACUGACGAUCUGCUGUAUAUUGACAGAAUUCUUUUUAUUAAAA